CGUAUUCUGUAUCUGUAUUAUUUCACAUUGAAAGCAAACAUGACAUCAUAUAAAAUGCAACGGUACAUUCGUGUAAAUGCAAGAUAUAUUGUGCAAUCUCCUACGAUGAAAUGUAUUGUUAAAGUGACAAAGAAAAUAAAGCUUCGUAUUAUCUAGGAAAGCAGAUGUGUUUGACAACUUCAUAAUAUUUUGGCGCUUUUCUUUUACAACCCUUUUACGCAAUCUUGCGCGUCGCGUGAGUCAGCUUCUCUAGGGAGUUCCAGCAUUUCAUGGAAAGCGAAAGUGGAGACACGAGACACGCACUCGCGCGCAUGCGUGCGGUGUUCCACCGAUGUUUUAAAUGAAGUUAAGGUCACCUUGAUUCCAGUAAAAGUUCAAAGCUUUUGCGGGAUAACGUUGCCAGUGUUGUGCUCGUGUUUUUUCAGUUCGCCGUUGGAGAUAGUUUGUAAUUUGGAGAAAUGUAUAAGUUGCAUAUUAGGAUUUUAUGUGGACACCAAGCGAAUAUUGCUAGAGCUUCAAGACUGGUGUCUAGAUGGAAUUCUUCUUGAUGGUUUACAUCAGAGGAAACGAAGAUUGAUGUCCCGCCACUUGCUCGCAGCACCAAAAUGAGUGUCAGAGAUGGUCUGUUUACCCCCGUGGGGGAAUCCAUUGAGAAGACUUCCAAUAGGGUCACAGUUGUUGGUACAGGAGCAGUAGGAAUGGCUACUGUUGUUAGUUUGCUGAUGCAGGGUAUAACCCACGAUGUUGUCCUAAUGGAUGUAAUGGAAGACAAGUUAAAAGGAGAAUUAAUGGAUCUGCAACACGGAGCUUUGUUUUUGAAAAAUCCCAAAAUUGUUGCAAGCAAAGAUUACAAAGAUUCAGCAGGAUCAAAGAUUUGCAUCGUCACUGCUGGAGCCAGGCAACAAGAAGGUGAAUCACGUCUAGAUUUAGUCCAAAGAAACACCGACAUCUUCAAACAUAUCAUCCCACCUCUAGUGAAGUAUUCCCCAGAUACGAUUUUAAUGAUCGUCAGCAACCCGUGUGAUAUUUUGACGUACGUGGCAUGGAAAUUGUCAGGACUGCCACAACACAAAGUGUUUGGUUCCGGAACCAACCUAGAUACGUCUAGAUUUAGGUUUUUAAUUUCCGAAAGGUUGGGCUGCAGCUCCAGCAGUGUUCACGGAUGGAUUAUUGGAGAACACGGUGACACCAGUGUUCCUGUCUGGUCUGGAGUCAACGUUGCCGGAGUGCGUCUGAAAGACGUUCAAUCCAAGGUUGGUACAGAUGACGAUCCAGAAGAAUGGAAAAAGAUCCAUGCGCAAGUAGUCAAUUCAGCAUACGAAAUCAUCAAACUAAAAGGAUACACCAACUGGGCUAUCGGUCUUAGUGCAGCCUCAUUGGCCAAUACAAUUUUAAAGAAUCUUCAUCACGUUCAUGCAGUAUCUGUCAUGGUUAAGGGUCAUCACGGUAUAGCUGACGAAGUGUACCUCUCUCUUCCAGCUAUGUUGGGCGAAACCGGUAUCGUCAGCAUUGUCAACCAGAACUUAAAUGAGGAAGAAAUCGAGGCCCUCCAGAAAUCUGCUAGAACGUUAGCAGAAUGUCAAGCAGAUUUAAAAAUUUAAACGCCAAAAAGUAUAAAAAUAAUACGUACGCACUAAACCUAAAAAGUAUGAGGGUAAUUCGUAAAAUAAGGUUCCCUACGUCCCUGAGAAAGUGUGUGACGUGCUGGGAGAAAUCUGACAACACUGCUUUACACCUCAAAUCUCCGUCUCUCUCAUCCAACCACUUUCGCCUCGCUACAUUCCUCAGUGUGGGUCUAUAGCAGCCUUCGAAGAUGGAGAUCCCUGUCGCUGUUACCUCCAAUAUGAAAUUCAUGCUGUGAUACGUUUUUAAAUGCAAAAUGGAUUUUAUCUAUUGACAUUCAUCAUCAGUUAAUAGAAGUAUAUCGGUAAAACUGCAUAUCUGGUCAUCCAUCGUGAAUUUCCGUUAGGCCUUCACUCCAUUUUCUACACCAUUUGCGAACAUUUUGAACAGAUAUGCACUUUUACCCAAGAAUAUGAAAUGCUUAAGAACGAAACUAGGCAGAUUUGAGAUAAACAAAAUAAAAGACGUAAAGGAGUAGAAACAAAAAUUAAAGACGUAAUCGUAAAUAUAAUCCACCAUUUUUACUCAGACUUAUAUAAAACAAAAAAGACCAUCAGAAGAAAUUAAAAACCAACUUAAGUCGAAAAUAAAAAAUGUCAACCCAGAGCUACAGCCAGAAAUAAGCAAAUCAGAAAUAAAGAAGGCAUUAAAAGAAAUGAAAAACAAUCGCCUGGAAAAGACGAAAUAACUGCAGAGAUGCUGAAAUAUGGUGGAAAAGUGGUAAAGAAUACUCUCCAUUCCCUUUUUAACAAAAUAUUAAAAGAAAAAAGAAUUCCAAACAACUGGAAGGUAGCCGUAACCAUUAUCUUACACAAGAAAGGUGAAAAAGCAUAUAUAAAAAAACUACUGUCCUAUAACACUCUCCAAUGUAAUGUAUAAACUCCUAACAAAAAUUUUAACCAGUAGAUUGACGAUAAAAUUGGACGGAUACCAGUCUAAAGAACAAGCUGUUAUUAGAAUUUAGCACAAGUGACCAUUUAUUAAGUAUGAGAAUGCUUAUAGAACGAGCAACUGAAUACGUUGUUCUUCUUCUACUACGGCACUACAGUUCAAAUUGAGCCUUGGCCUCCUAUAUUUUUUGCCUCCACCCUUGCUUGUCUGUGGCUGCUCUUCUCCAUACAUGGACUCCUUAAGGGCUUGUGUGUCGCUGUUUACUGUGUCUUCCCAGCGCUUUUUUGGAUUUUCAACAGGUCUCUUUCACUGCAUUCUAGUAUUCAGUGCUCUUUUUGGUAGCCUAUCCUCUCCCAUUCUUAUCACAUGUCCGGCCAAUUGCAAUCUUUGUAUUCUAAUGAAGUCUGACAGGGGUGCUUCCUUAUAAAGUUGAUAAAGUUCGUUGUUGUAUCGACUUCUGAAGAUUCCGUUUUCUCUCACAGGUCCUAGUAUUCUCCUCAGUACUUUCCUUUCGAAUGUGUCUAGUUUGUUUUUGGAUGUUUCUUUCAGGACCCAGGCUUCACUGCCAUAGCAUGUUAUUGGUCGAAUUAAAGUUUUAUAGAUUCUCAUCUUUGUAUUUCGGUGGACACUUUUAGACCGAAAUGUAUGGGAGAGGGCAAAGUAAGCUCUGUUCGCCUGCGUUAUUCUCUUCCGUAUUUCUCCGUCUUCUGAUCCGUCGGCAUAUAUUUUUAAUCCCAAGUAUGUAAACUUUCCAACCGUUUCAAUCUCAUCUUCAUGUAUUAUGUUUUGUAGUGUUUAUAUUUCUGUGUUUAUAUUUCUUCUCGUCUGAGUCAUUAUUUUUGUUUUCCAGACCUAGCAUUUUUGUUUGUGUUUUUAACUCUGCGUAUGUUUCCUAUGCUCCUGUUGAUGUUCUACUCAUAAUAUUAAUAUCAUUGGCAUAAGCGGCCAGUUGAACAGUUCGGUUGGUCAGUAGGUUUCCUCGUCCAGUUUGCAUUUGCCUAACCGCAUACUCCAGUGCCAGGCUAAACAAUGUUGGGGCCAGCCCACCUCCCUGUUUUAGUCCCUGCGAAAUUUUGAACUGAAUACCACAUUCCCCUAUAUAUAGCGUUCAUAGAUUUCGAAAAGGCUUUAUAGACAGUGUCGAACAUUGGGCAGUGAAAAGUUCUUUGAUUAACAGCAGAAUUGAACACAGAUAUACAGACGUAAUAGCCAAUAUAAGGAAGCCAAAACAACAAUUAAAGUAUACGAAGGAACACAGUCAAUACAAAUAAAUAGAGGCGUGAGACAGGGUGACACAAUAUCACCGAAACUUUUUAAUCAGGCUCUGGACGAUAUUUUUAAAAGAUUAUAAUGGGAAGAAAAAGGUAUAAAAACUUGUGGACAACGCUUGAACCAUCUAAGGUACGCCGAUGACAUCGUAUUGAUAACCGAUAAAAAAUAAGAAUUGUUUAAAAUGAUGAAAGAACUGGACAUAGAAGCUGGAGAUAUAGGCCUUAAUAUGAUUUUUUAAUAGCCUUUUUUCUUUUCGAAGUGUCGAUUAAGGGCCUCUUCCAUUUCUCGCCAUUCAUACCUGUUGUGUGUGAGGCGUUUCCAUAUUGGUCCUGCGGCUCUUUUGAUGUCGUCGCUCCAGCGCAUAUGAGGUCUUCUCCUUGGUCUCUUCGCUUCAUAUUGUCGCCAUAUGAAUACUAAUUGAAUGAAUCAUAUGCAUAUGAUACGAAUAUGCAUUACAGCAAGACCAAAAUCAUAACAAAUACAGAUGAGGACAUCACAAUGAGGAUCGGACAAAAUGAAAUAGAACAAGUUCACGAUUAUAAUAUAUCUGGGCCAAAUUAUAAAACUUAACAAGGAAAACCAAACAGCAGUGAUCAAAAGACGAGUUAGACUGUCAUGGGCGGUAUUUGUCAAACUAAGCUACAUCCUUAAAAACAAAAGAUAUCCACAACAUCUUAAGACCAAGGUAUACAAUCAAUGCGUACUCCCUGUUCUCACUUAUGGUUCCCAAACGUGGACGUUUACAAAAGCAAACAUGGACAAAAUCAUAAAAACGCAAAGAGCAAUGUAAAGGCAAAUGUUGCACAUAAAACUAAUGGAUAAAAAGAGAAACGAGUGGAUAAGAGAGAAUACCAAAGUUAGGGAUGUUAGACAAAAACUUGCAAAAUUGAAAUGGAGAUGUGCCGGACACAAAAUAAGACAAAAAGAAGACCGAUGGAAGAAAAUUCUUAUAAACUGGAGACCGUGGGACUAUAAACGAAGCAGAAAAAGGCCCCAAAUGAGAUGAGCAGAUAAUAUCAAGAAACACGUGGGCUCUAGGUGGAUAACUGUAGCGACAGACAGAGAAGAAUGGAAAAUGAUUGGGGAUGAAUAUGUCCAAAGAUGGACCGAAGAAGGCUAAUUAGAUAGAUAGAUAGAUGCACUUUUACCCAUAAAUUGACGAUAUAUGUAAAUAGGUGAAAUCCAUUUUGCAUUUAAAAAACGUAUCACAGCAUGAAUUUCACAUCGACGGUAAAAGCGACCGUGACCUCCAUCUUCGAAGGCUGCAAGGCCUACACUGAGCAAUGCAGCGAGGCGAAAUUGGUGGGGUGAGGGAGAAAGAGAGAGUUGAUGUGUAAGACAGUGUUGCCAGAUUUGUACCUAGUACGUCGUACUCUUUCUCAGCGGCAUAGGGAACCUUAUUUUAUGAAUGACCCUUGUAUUUAUAGAAAAUAGAGACGAUUGUAUUUUAUUAUAGUUAUCAAAUAUUUUUGAACUUUACAGUAUUAGAAAAGCAAACUAUUUAUACAACACGCUUGUUUAUUCUAUUAAUUUAAUAGAUGUGAUGUAUUUAAAGAAAUUAGUAUUAUAUUGACACAGUUAAUAAAUACCAAAGAAUAUCUAAUAUAUUAUACAUUCAUAAAGACUAUAUUAUAACUGUCCCCUAGAUGAAUAUACUCAGUUGAUAAAGCACAUCCUUGUUUUGGUUAUCUUAUAUUGAUCUACAAUACAUAUAUCAUUAGCAUCUAGUCAGUUGUAUGUUGUGGCGCUUCUAGAAAUAGAAUUCCUUUAAAUGUUUUCAAAUUUAAGUCAGUUUUCAAUUUAAUAAAAUAUAAAAUGACAUUAAAUUAAAAACCUUAUUGGCACCAUUUUUUUGGUUACACCUCCGUGGCUUCUAAAAAUACAAGCUAAGCGGAUGCUUGAGCAAAAGAAGAUGAGGGAAUUCUAUAACUUGCAAUUCACAUCCCAUCUGUCCAGCGCGGAAAAAUUCCAACGAAAAAUGGACUCUACAUACUCAGAGAGGAGAUAUAAUAAUAGAAAUAAAAAUGAAUAAGCAUUUUCAUUUCGUUGCAACACGAAGUCAAAGCCGUCUUAUAUUUCAGUUCGCCAAAUAACGCAAAGGAUGGAAAACACAUUAUGUUCGAACGCUAAUCAACAAUGAUCACUAUCAAAUAUUUAAUUACUGUCACCAACUGUCAAUGUCAACUUUUAUUGGGUUGUUGAAAACAUAAUUGAUUAUAAUUAUGAAAUUAGUUAAUCAAUUAACAUAACAAUUAUUAACAUAAUUUAUUAAGUAAUUUCCUAAUUUUAAUCAAUAAUUAUGAUUUCAGCAACAAAAUCAAAGUUGACAUUGACAGUUGGUGACAGUAAUUAAAUAUUUGAUAAUGAUCAUUGUUGAUUAGCGUUCGAACAACCGGCCCUAACAGACACCUGAAAAUAUAUUUUUUGAUUAAGGGACUGUAAUGACCAAAUUAAAAUGAUAAAAAGAAUUUACAUGUGAUAUCUGAUAAUACACACUUAAAAGACUAAUACAUAAAUACUCAUGAUAAAGAAGUACAUUAUAAUUAAAAAUGAAUAACCAUUUUCAUAUCGCUGCAACAUGAAACCAAAGCCGUCUUAUCAGUUCGUUUAGAGAGUGCAACAAGCACUCUGACUGAACAGUUUCAAAACUCAUUAGUUUUUCAUCAGAGAAUGUACAUAGCUGUAACAUCUGUACAUGCAUUGGGUUCUUUUUCUUCUGUCUUGCUGUGGGCAUACUCAGUUGCAAAUAAGAUUGCUGCAAACUUUAUUAUUACCGGUCAGACACAUACAAUGUGCAUUUGCUAUGCCAUUGGAACUGGCUAUCACCCAAGCAUAUGGUGGUUUAGCAUUAGCUUUUUGGGAACGCUUCACCUAAAAAAAAUAUUUUAUCUUUGUGGGAAUGCUUCAACUACCAAAAUUUAUUUUUAUUAGAGUAUUUGCGUUCUUUACAAUGAUUGAGAAUAUUUUAAAAUCAGACAUACAUAUAAUAUAAUUUUAGAACAAACAAUCAUGAAUGUUUAUUAUUCUCUUUUCUAUCAUAGCAACUACAUGUCGUCGACCUAAUCUGUAAACUGCGCAACUCCAUUUAUCCAAAUUUUACAGGAGACACAAAAAACUAUUUCUCUUAAUAUGACUAAUGUGAAUACUAUGUAUCUCCCAUUAAAAAAAAAAAGGAUGCUAAAAUGGAAUAUUUUAUAGAUAGUUUACCUAUCAUCUUACAUUUGUAUCUAUAUUGUUUAAUGAGUAUUUAAUAUUAUUUACCACCAACUUUUUCUUGAAAAUAUCACUUUCUAAACAGUGAGGUCAGUCGUGUGGUAUGACAAACUGGGGAUUUACAUAUUUUUCAAACUAAAUUUGUCGCAAGGGAGAUACGGUGUAUACGAAGAGGUCACUAUUUACUCUUCUGGUAAAAUAUGCAUGUGCAUCCUUUUUUAAACGAGUAGGGAUUUUUUCAAAUAAAUUGCAGUAAUACCUCAUUUUCCGAGAAAUAUAGAGUUACACAGUUUACAAAUUAGGACGACAAUAUGUCUGGUUUCAUACAGAUAUAUAAACGUAAAUAAAUCUAAUAUUUAAAACCAAUUUAUCCAAAAGACACUAAUACUGUUAUCCAUAUAUUUCUUAAUGGUGAAUAAAUAAAAUAAAGACAUACCUGUCCAACAAUAAUAUAGAAAUCAUUAACAAUUUUUACUCCUUUCAAAACAAAUCCAGUUGUGAAGGCUUUUAUGUGCCUGAAGGCUUUUGUAUGCUUUCAUCUGCUGCUUAAUGUAGUAACUGUGAGACUCUACCAGAUAAUAUGUAUAAAUAUGUAUCUAUAAUAGCAUUAUAAUAGUAAUUGGUGGAAUAUGCACUUUACUGUAAAAUCCAAUUCUGAUUGACUAAAUUGUAUAUGGAUCUAAAUCUCCAAUUAUUUUCAGCUUCAAUGAAUAUCUAAAACAAUAAAAGAAAUCAUGUUAUUGCUUGCAAAAUUCAUCAUUAUUGAUAAAUAUCAGGGAAAAUGAACAGUAAAUAAAAAUUGUUUGGUCUACCUUUUUCUCCAACAUUUGGAGUUUCCAAUAAUAAUUUCCUUAAAUAAUCACUUUGCAUUGUGAUAAAUUUAUAAAAUUCACAAAUUACAAACUAAAGUUUUAAAAAAUACACAAAAACAGCCAACAAAAUCCAAAUGAAUCCAAAAUAUGAAAUGAAACGACGAUACAAACAUAACCUAUAACCUUUGUUUUGUAACUUUUAAGUUUCUCCCAAUUUCGUGACGUCAGCCGUCAGACUUCGGCUGUCUGAAAUGAAAACGUCUUUUAAACGUAUUUUAACGUCAUUAAUUUUACGUAUUUAAAAUCACCUACAAAAGACGUCGGUAUGACGUAAUGUUCAACCACGUGUGUAUAUUCAACCAAAAACUGACGUUUCCUCGAUGUUGUUGACGUCUGUUGGUUGCCUGGGAACUUGUGAGAUGAAAGAAAUGAAACUAGUGGAGGUGGGAGCUUUAGCGAUAAAAACCUAUACAUUUCUACUUAUUGUCUCCCACUUUUAAACGUAUCGGACGAGUUUGGCAACUAUUAACCGGUUAAAUAUUCCGGUAACUACAUAGUUAUCCGGAGGAGAAAAAACCGGACCAAAUAAGAUUAUUUUUUCUCUAUACUCAAUUUACAAUCAAGAUGCAGUAGAACUAAACAAACCAAGACCCGUUAAAUGCUACUAGGAGCACUCCCGAAUCAUAAUUUACAAUGUAUAAACUUUGGAAAUCACAAUUUGGGAUUUACAAUGUAUAUACAUUGUAAAUUAUGAUUCGGGAGUGCUCAUAGUAGCAUUUAACGUGUCUUGGUUUGUUUAUUUUCACUGCAUCUUGAUUGUAAAUUUAGUAGAACUAGGUAUUUACUGAUUACAAUAAUUUAUAUACUAUGCAAUAAAAACUAAUAAUCGAGAAAAGAUGAAAAUUGAUAAAGUGAUUUUAAUAAAAUACUAACUGUUACUAUCGGAGCGAGUAGAUAAAUUUUGAACAUCUUUACCAAAUUAAAAUACAAUGAUUAUAGUAUACCGCAAUGUUGCCAAUUUUAGCGUUUCCUUCAGUCUCUUUAUAUAUAAUUAAAAACUAAAGUAUACAGGUACAAGUUAAAAAUUCACCGGCUGUGAAUAAUAAUAUUUAUUACUCUUUUAUAAUAACGUACUCAUUUAUUUUUAUUUAUUAAAAAAUAUUAUUGCUGUCUAUAUUUCGUGUUUUGUUAUGCCACUCUUUUUGUGAAAUAAUUGUAAGCAAAUAAAAUAAACGGUGCUUAAAUCUAAAA